GCGGGGCCCGGGGCGGCGGGCCGGGGCGGGAAGGCGGGCGGCCUGCGGCUUCCCUGGGGACCGAGACCGCGGAUUUCCCCAGCCCAGGACUAUGACUUAUUGAUUACAAAGGACUUCUCCAAAUAUUUUGCACUUUUGGUUGUGUAUUAUGGAGACCAAGGAAGAGAAGAAGGAACGGAAACAGAGUUACUUUGCUCGGUUGAAAAAGAAAAAAGCCAAACAAAAUGCAGAGACAGCAUCGAGUGUAGCUACAAGGACUCAUCCUGGGAAGGAGGAUGUUAAUUCUGUCAUUUUGGAACAAGACAAGUGCAGCGUUGCUGUGGAAGAGGAAUAUGUUACUGAUGAGAAGAAAAAGAGGAAAAACAACCAGCUAAAGGAAAUCAGGCGUACAGAGCUGAAGAGAUAUUAUAGUGUUGAUGACAAUCAAAACAAAGCACAUGAUAAAAAGGAGAAGAAGAUGGUUCAGAAGCCCCACGGAACCACGGAGUACACGGCUGGAAGCCGGGACACCCUAAACUCCAUAGCGCUGAAGUUUAACAUCACUCCCAAUAAAUUAGUGGAGCUGAAUAAGCUGUUCACACACACUCUUGUUCCAGGCCAGGUCCUCUUCGUGCCGGACGCCAGCUCUCCCGCCAGCACCCUGAGGCUCUCAUCCCCCAGCCCUGGUGCCACUGUCUCUCCUUCGUCAUCGGAUGCCGAGUACGACAAGCUGCCUGAUGCUGACUUAGCAAGAAAGGCCUUAAGACCCAUAGAAAGAGUCUUAUCAUCUACUUCAGAAGAAGAUGAGCCAGGCGUGGUGAAAUUUCUAAAAAUGAAUUGUCGCUACUUCACCGAUGGAAAGGGUGUGGUCGGAGGCGUCAUGAUUGUCACCCCCAACAACAUCAUGUUCGACCCUCACAAGUCUGACCCCCUGGUGAUCGAGAACGGGUGUGAGGAGUAUGGCCUCAUCUGCCCCAUGGAGGAGGUCGUGUCCAUCGCUCUGUACAAUGACAUCUCCCACAUGAAGAUCAAAGAUGCCCUGCCAUCUGACCGACCUCAGGAUCUUUGUCCUCUGUACAGGCCUGGAGAGUGGGAAGAUCUGGCUUCAGAAAGGGACAUCAACCCAUUCAGUAAGUUCAAGUCCAUCAAUAAGGAAAAACGGCAGCAGGACGGAGAGAGGACCGGGACUUCAGAUUCCAUGUCAGCAGGCUCCCCGGAGAAAUCCACAGAGUACGCACAGACAGAGCCCACGGGCAGCUCCAUAUCAGGGAAAUUCAAGAAACUGGAACCCACCAGGGAGACCUCUGGUGGAUUUCCCACAGUGACUAAACUGGGCAGGGAACCUUCAGAGAUACACCCUAAGUUUGAAUCUACAGCCAAAGAAAACUGCCUCGUAGGGGAAGAUGAGGACUUUGUGGACUUGGAAGAGCUUUCUUCUCAGACGGAGAGUAGAAAGGAGAAAAGGGACACCUUGAAGGAGUGCCUUUCAGCUGACCCAGAGGCACGGAAGAAGACGGAGUCGAAAACAGACACUUGCGCUGUGGAAAUGCAGGUGCAGUCGGCUCUCAGUGUCCUGGCCGCAGAGAGCGAUGCUGAACUGAAAGGGACCCUGGAUUCAGAAACCUGCGAGAAGCAAGAUACAGUGCCGGAAGUGGACAAGCAAUCUGGCUUCCCAGAAAGCCAAGUGGAAAACUCACUGAACAUACAUGAAGAUCUAGAUAAAGUUAAACUCAUUGAGUAUUACCUAAAUAAGAAUAAAGAAGGGCCACCGCUGUCUGAAAAUUCGCAGAUGGCAGAAUUGAGUGAUGGCAAAAGUGUUGAACCGGUGGGGAUAGACAUCACCCUUAGCAGCUCCCUUCUCCGGGCAGGCGAUCUGCCAGCUGAGAGCACUCAGCAACCGGAUAAGACCCGGAAAGAAGAGAGAGCGCCUCUUGCUCUGAAAGUGGACACUGGUGCGGGAGAAAACAGGAUUAAAGAGUCUCUAGACUCCGCUUUGGAACCAACCCCGGACAACAGCUGCCCUGGCGCCCAAAUGGACAGUAAAUCUGAAAUUCAGUUAUGGCUGUUAAAGAGGAUUCAGGUGCCCAUCGAAGAUAUCCUUCCUUCAAAAGAAGAAAAGAGCAAGACCCCACCCAUGUUUCUGUGCAUCAAAGUGGGCAAGCCAAUGAGGAAAUCCUUUGCCACUCACACCGCCGCCAUCGUCCAGCAGUACGGCCGACGCAGGAAGCAGCCUGAGUACUGGUUUGCGGUGCCUCGGGAGAGGGUAGACCAUUUGUACACGUUCUUCGUCCAGUGGUCUCCUGACGUCUAUGGGAAAGAUGCCAAAGAGCAAGGCUUCGUGGUGGUGGAAAAGGAAGAGCUGAAUAUGAUCGACAACUUCUUCAGUGAGCCGACAACCAAGAGCUGGGAGAUCAUCACUGUCGAGGAGGCCAAGCGUAGGAAGAGCGCGUGCAGCGACUACGAGGACGAGGACGAGGAGGGGCUGCCCGUGCUGCAGCCGCACAGCGCGCUCCUGGAGAAUAUGCACGUCGAGCAGCUGGCCCGGCGCCUCCCCGCGCGGGUGCAGGGGUACCCAUGGAGACUGGCCUACAGCACGCUGGAGCACGGAACCAGCCUGAAAACGCUCUACCGGAAGUCGGCAUCGCUGGACAGUCCUGUGCUGCUGGUCAUCAAAGACAUGGACAACCAGAUUUUCGGAGCCUAUGCAACUCAUCCCUUCAAGUUCAGUGACCACUAUUACGGCACGGGAGAGACUUUUCUCUACACGUUUAGCCCUAAUUUCAAGGUUUUUAAGUGGAGUGGAGAAAAUUCAUAUUUUAUCAAUGGAGACAUAAGUUCUUUAGAACUUGGUGGUGGAGGGGGACGAUUUGGUUUAUGGCUCGAUGCUGAUUUAUACCAUGGACGAAGCAACUCCUGCAGCACUUUCAAUAAUGAUAUUCUUUCCAAAAAGGAAGACUUCAUAGUUCAGGACCUAGAGGUAUGGACAUUCGAGUGAACUUCAGGCUGCCUUAAACUAUCCCACAAGAAAGACGGGGUUGGCGCAGUCCUCCCAGCUGGCUGGAAGAUGGAGAAGGUCCAGCCCCCGCUGCCUCAUCCGACCACAAUGCUUUCUUUCUGCCGUCAGCUCUGAGCAUGCUCACCUUGCAGAAAGGCCCCGAAAGGUACGUGUGGAGGGCAGACGCCGGAGAAAGACCUUUGCCAUCCCGAUCGGAGAGAAAGACUUUGUACUUCCGCCUCUUCCACAUCCACACAAGGAAUCGGAGUGUUCGUAGAUGUAUGAGUUGAAUGCAAUUUUUAUUUUUGGUAACUGUGAAAAAAUAAAUACUGUGGAAAUAUAUACAUGCCUUGUGUAUUUAUCAGCAUAAUUUUCAUUACCAAAAUGUACAGCUGUUGUUUGCCAUGGUUAGUGUGAUUUAGAAAAUUGAAAGGAAAUAGUACUGAAAAGGAAUGUAUGAUUUUUUUAAAAAAAUGCUUUAUUUAUAUCUAAUAUGUUGUCUGAAAUGUGUUAGCAGGUUUUUUUUCUUUUUCAUGUGUCAGAUCUUGAAAUAUACAUUUUGUGCUAUAUUGGGGAAGAAGUUUGUUUUAUAUAGUUUUAUAUUUUUUUUUGCCCUGAUUGUUUAGGGUGAUAAACCUUAAUAUUUCUGAAUUUCUAAAAGCUCAUGACCAAGGUUCAUUGAUUGUUAUAUAGGCCAGCAUUUUUUUUAGUCAUUAAAAGGGUACAUUUUAAAUUACUUACCCUGAACAAGUAUGUGUGAAGCAGAAAAUCCCAUUUCUUACAGUUGGGAGUUCAUAUUUAUAAAAAUGGCUACCUUUAUGAACUUAGAUUUAGAACAAACCCUGCUUCUGAAAAGAGAAUGUUUUUCUCCUUCUAAAAUCGUGUGUUGAUAAUGAACUUUAUUUUCAUAGUGCUUAUUUGCACAGCCCACCCCACCUGUUUACAUUAAUGAGCAAGCCUCUGUUUUAAAAGGGACCAAGUGUUUUAAUUUCUGUAUUUCUGAAGUCAAAAUGUACAAUUGGACCAGUUGUCUUGGUUUCUAAGCUCUUGUUUGAGAAAAAAAUAAUAUAAAGAAAUGGAUUCAUAUCCAAAUUAGAAUUUUAAAACAACUUUUUAAAACCUCAACCCAUUUUUACAUCAUAAGAAAAACUUAACCAAUAUUAUUGUCAGACUUGUAUGAAAACCAAAGAUUGCUAGUGGAAAAAAACUGAAUAAUAACCAAGGCUGAGAAAUGAUGUGUCACAAAUUAUUUCCCCAGUGAUCUUUGCAAGGAAAAAUAAAUAACAGGCAGUAUUUACAUGUCAUUAAAAAAAAAAAAGAAAAAUAGUUUUCAGAAUAUUAUUUUACUCUUCUUUUUAGACUAUUUACUAGAGGACAAAUUGCCCAUUGACCUGUUGGCCGGCAGUUUCCAUACUAUACUCCCUUUCCAUGCAAGGUCAGGUGAAUGCUGUAAACCUCCAAGUCUGUGGCCCAGGUGUCCUUUUAGCCAAGUUGUCCUGUUGGGAUCUUUUGAUGAACAACCUUUCGGCAGCUCAGCCGAUCUGCUCAUUAAACAGCGAGUUUGUGUGAGGAAUCAGGACUGUCUCAUGGUCACCACACUGACCAUUCCAGCCAUUCGCAGCCAUGUGCUAUUAUUAAACAAAUGGUCAUUCCUCAUAGAAUUCACUCUCCCCUAGUUUAGUCCAUGAUACUGUACUCCUGAGAGCAUCUCCAGCUGUUGUGUUCUCUAUUUAAAGCAGUAUUGUCCAGUCGGAAAUGUGUGACCCUUUAUUUAUGGAUACUGACUAUAUGUAAUGCAGUGCUACCCCAAUAUUUUCAAUAAAGGAACUUACACCUUCA